AUGGGGCUGGCCCAAAAGCAUCGACCGGGCAAACCGGUGUCUGCAUGCCUGUGGAAAAGCGGCGCUUUCAACAUAUGCUAUCGGGUCCGAUAUGAGGAGGGGCCAGAUGUCAUUGUUCGGUUUGCAGCCCUUGGAAGAGCCAUCCUUCGCAGGGAGAAGGUCCGCAACGAAGUCGCCACGAUGAGAUAUAUCCAUCGCACCACGUCGAUCACGGUUCCGGAGGUGUUGGGUUCCGGGAUCUGUUGGGCAGGGCCCUACAUAGUCAUGUCGUUCCUGGAGGGCAGACCGCUAUCACAACUACUCAAAGAUCCUUCUGUAGAGGGAAGGCCGGUCCUGAAUCCUCAAAUCAGCGAUCAGAGCCUGAGGUGGGCUUAUCGUGAAAUGGCCGGGCUGAUCCUCGAACUGUCCCGGCAUGAAUUCAAUGCGAUUGGAGCGCUGGAAGAGAAUGAAUUGGGGCUUUCCAUCACCGAGCGCCCUCUCACCUUUAACAUGAAUGAGUUGAUGGGGUCUGCAAAUCUGCCUGAAGAAGCCUUUCCCUCGCACUCCUUCAGCUCAGCCAUAGAUUAUUUUCAAGCGCUUGCUGGCCAGCAUCUCUCCCAUCUUCGGCUGCAGCAACAAGAUGCCGUCAGUAGUGAAGAGGACUGCCGGAGAAAAUUCACUGCCCGUUAUCUAUUUCUCAACAUUACAAAGAACCUCAGCACUGAGCAUCCUCAAGGGCCGUUUCGGCUAUACUGCGAUGACCUCCGUCCCUCCAAUAUCCUGGUAGAAAGUGACCCCUCCUGCGCGAUCUGUGUCUCGGGAGUCAUUGAUUGGGAGUUUACAUAUGUAGCUCCUUGGUGGCUCUUGUUGCAAAGUCCAGAGGACUGGGAGGACGACCUUGACGAGUUUCUAACUCGGUAUUCUCCCCGACUUUCUACCUUUCUGGAAGUCCUCCGCGACUGCGAGAAUAAGCUGAUAGAGCGACAUCUCCUCUCUGAGCCACAACGCCUCUCUCCACGCAUGGCACGGUCCAUGGAGACUGGGCUCUUCUGGGUAUGCCUAGCAGCAAGAUACAGCUCCAUGUUUGAUGAGAUUUAUUGGACGUUUAUCGAUCGGCGGUAUCAUGGCACCUUUACCUCUCUUGAUGACCGUGUACGACUUCUGGACCAAGAACAGCAGCAUGAGAUGAACGAGCUGGUGAGGCUCAAGACUCGCCAGUGCACGAUGGGUAAGGACGAGUUCGAGGAUCACUAUCCAAUCGAUAAGCUACUUGAAUUGUGA